AUGCCUGCAAAUGGAAACCUUCCUCUGAAGUUGCAGUUUGGUCUGAUAAACCACGAGGGUCGCUAUCUUACCGCUGAGAGCUUUGGCUUCAAGGUAAAUGCGUCAGCGCCCAGUCUGAAGAAGAAGCAGGUGUGGACUCUGGAGCACGACUCCCAGGACUCUCAGGUGGUGUACUUGCGUAGUCACCUGGGUCGCUACCUGGCGUCGGAUAAGGAUGGCAAAGUAAGCUGUGAGGCUGAUGGACACAGCUCAGACUGCCGCUUCCUCAUCGUGGCACAGUCGGAUGGCCGUUGGGCGCUACAAUCCGAACCACACCUGCGCUUCUUUGGGGGCUCUCGCGACUACCUGUCCGGCUUCGCACAGUUCAUCAGUGACACAGAGCUAUGGGCUGUGCAUUUAGCCUUGCACCCACAGGCUAAUUUGCUGUCCGUAGCCCGCAAACGCUAUGCUCACCUCUCCACAGAAGACGGGGAGAUUGCGGUGGAUAUGAACAUUCCUUGGGGGGUGGCAGCACUUUUGACCUUGGUCUACAUGGAUGGAAAGUAUUGCCUUAAAACCUGCGACGGUCGAUUUCUUAGCAAUGACGGCAAGCUCUUGACGCAGAGUGGAAGAGGCACGGCGUACACAUUAGAGUUUAAGUGUGGGAAGCUGGCUUUUAAAGACUGUGAAGGGAAGUACCUGUCUCCCAUGGGGCCCACGGGUACGCUGAGGUCUGGACGCUGCUCCAAACCAGGCAAAGAUGAACUGUUCGACUUAGAGGAGAGCCAUCCACAAGUGGUUCUUACAGCAGCCAAUGGUCGAUUUGUCUCUAUAAGACAAGGAGUGAGUCUUGCAGCAAACCAGGAAGAUGAGACAGACAUGGAGACGUUUCAGAUGGAGAUCGAAAAGGAGACUAAAAAGUGUACGUUUCGCUCCAGCCAAGGAAACUACUGGGCUCUGGUGGCCCACGGAGGGAUCCAGAGCACUGCCACUAUUGUAUCAACAGAUACAAUGUUUUCAGUGGAGUGGCUUGGCCAGAAGGUGGCACUAAAAGCGAGCAAUGGAAAAUAUGUCUGCACUAAAAAGAAUGGACAGCUACUUGCCGUUAGUGAUUCUGUGGGUGAGGAUGAACUUCUGUCCAUAAAAAUGAUCAACCGGCCCAUGUUGAUCUUAAGAGGACAAAAUGGUUUCAUCUGUCAUCAUAAGAAGUCCAACACACUGGAUGCAAGCAGAUCUAUAUAUGACAUUUUUACACUACAACACAGCAACGGGGCAUAUCAGAUUAAAGGUGUGACUGGUCGGUACUGGUACGUGAACAGCUCUCUGGUGGUGUGCUCCGAUGGGGAGGUCCCUGAGGAUUUCUCCAUUGAGCUUGUGGAACGUGGGCGUCUGGCAAUCCGGGGCAAAAACGGAAAGUACCUGCGCGGAGACCCAGGAGGACUGCUGAAGGGAGACGGACUAAGUCUCAACAACUCUGUCCUGUGGGAGUACUAG